UUUGUUCUGAUCAUAAUCGUAAAAAUGGACUAGACGGGGCCUGCUGUGGCCCUCCUCGCGUGUCAUCCUUCCUCAUCAAAGCCGUCCACCGCCUUCAGCGUCCCUGCUGUGAGCACGGAUCCGCCCUGAGAGCUCCCUGGAACGGCCAGUCUUUUAAACCUGAGCCGCGGUGUCGAGAUCCCUGCGGGAGUUAGACCCCAUUUAAGCGCAUACCUCAACGCGGGGCCGCUGACGGGAAAAUAAACACCUCGGUCUACUUACGAGCGGAGGCCUCCUGCUGUGACAACCUCCUGUGUUUCAGUGAGUCUGAUAUUUUUCACCGCCACCCCUGCUCUCAUCUCAGGCAGCGUCUAGACAUGUGCGAGGAGACCUUGGGCAGCAGACAACAGACUUAUAGAUUCCUCUCUGAUGUUAGAUUUGUUUGGCCCAAAGAAGGUCAAUGCUAUACUUUUGAAAAGGCUUAGAAUUUGGAAAGAGACACAAAAUGAGUCGGAACAUCAAAGCAAGCGUCUGCUGUAUUUUCAUUUUUUAUAGACUUGUAAUAAACAGAUAUUAUCUGGUUGAAAAAUAAUGAAUGAAUUAAUAAAUAAAUCCAAGAGUACAGAGGGGAAAACACUACUGUGGUUUUAGGUAAUAAAUAAAUAAAUUGAAGACAAAUUGAGAUGGAGAAGGGAAAAAAAACAUCCCAAAAAGUUAUGUCUCUCCUAUAAAUCUACACCUUUAUUAUAUAAUACAACGCCUCGACUACUCCCCUUCUCAUAAUCUCGUGCAAGGAGCCUGCAUGUCUUAAACACCAUUCCUGAUAUAAUAACUAGAGCUCUCUUUCGGCAGUAUUAUGUUACACCCCUCCUCACCCAAUCACAGAGCUCCCCCAAAUCCUCCUGCACGCUCCCCUCUAUAAGAGCCCCGGCCCUCCUAGUCUGGCAGACACCUCUCCUUCUCUUUGGCGCCCGAGAUUUACCGUUAUUUCAGCCCACGCCCUGUGAAUGCAAGGUUUCUUAUUACCUGUAGAGUUUGUUGAUGCUGUAACAAGUUCAGUAGAUUAAGCUCAGCGGUUAGAAGCGACCUAAAAACAAUAUAAAAGUUUUGGAAGAGACGAUGCGGGAAGAAGACCCUUCCCAAAUGGACAGUGCAGGGAACAGCGAGGAGGAAACAGAUCGUCAGCUGCCGAGGAGAGGCGCGAGGAACCGGAGGGCGGCACGGAGGAGCGCCGAAGAGGAUGAGGAGGGAGACAUGGAGAGUCCGGGUCCAGAAAAGAAGAAAUGCAGGAAGAGCUGCGACGCAGGAGGUGGCAGCGCCGGUACCAGCGGUGGCAGCGAGGGCAGCGAGGGCAGCAGCAGCCCUGUGCCCUCCUUCGAUGACCUACACACACAGCGCGUGAUGGCCAACAUCCGUGAGCGGCAACGGACGCAGUCCCUCAACGAGGCUUUCACGUCGUUACGUAAGAUCAUCCCCACCCUGCCAUCGGACAAACUCAGUAAGAUUCAGACCCUGAAGCUCGCGUCCCGGUAUAUCGACUUUCUUUGCCAAGUUCUGCAGAGCGACGAGCUGGAUGCGCGAGGGACCAGCUGCAGCUACGUGGCGCACGAGCGCUUGAGCUACGCGUUCUCUGUCUGGAGGAUGGGGGGCUCGUGGUCCUUGUCUACAACGUCCCACUAGCAGGCUGCAGUGGAUGGAACAGCACGAUUAUCCAGCUUGAAGAGCCAGUGGAUCCGGCAAGCCCUUCAGAUAGACUGAAACAGGGCAACCAAGCUGAGGCUGAGCCAUAUCAAUGUUUCAGGCCUCAGAGGAGAGCAGGCUUUUCAUAUUUCCCUCUGCAUGGACCAUUAUGUUUGAGAGGGAGCACUUAUGACCCACAGGACAGAUAUGAAGGAAGAAAGACCACUGCGACUAUGAAUGUUGUAAAAAUAGAUAUGAGGAACUGCUCUGUUUGGAAAAACCACAACUCAUUCCACAUUUCCUGUGACAGUGUCUCACAGCAAAUAAAGUAUUUUGUAUUUAUUUUUCUACACAGGCUCAAAAUCUGUUUUCCCUGCUUCUCUGAUAAAAUGUAUUUAUUUUUGGAUAUCUCGGAAUGCUGAACAGAUCUGGAGUCCUAACGUUGUAAAUAUUUGCUAAUAUCUUGAAUUAAAAAUGAAAGUAUCAUUCCUA